AUGGGGAUUUUGUGCAAACAUAUUUUGUACAUCUUCAAGAAGAAACAAAUGAUGACCCUUCCUGAAAAGUAUAUUUUAACAAGAUGGACCAUGAAUGCAAGCUAUAAGGUUGAAAAUCUUUUGUCUGUUCAUUCUGAAACAACUAAUAGUGAAGUAAGUGCAUUGUCCUUGUUGUCAACUCAUUCGAAGUGCAAUUUGGCUAUUUCUGAAGCAAAAGAUUGUUUUCAUGAAAUUAGAAGGUUUGAUGCUAUUACUGAUGAAUUUAUUCAACAACAAUUAGAAAGAAAGAGAAAAAGAAUUGAAGAAGAAACCAUAAGUUCAAUUGUACCUUCAGAAAGUGGUUUCAUUCAUUCUCAAAUCUUACUUAAUUAUGUUCGAGACCCCACUCAAGCAGUCAAAACUAAGGGGCAUCCAAAAGUUACUUCACGAAUAAAAUCAAGCAUUGAGUUAGCAACCAAACAACAAAAGACUUGCAGUUAUUGUCGAGAGAAGGGUCAUAAUAAGACCAGUUAUAGACGUUGCAAGAGAGAAGCAAAAAGAAUAAUAGUUUCAUUAGAAAGUUGCCCCUGA